GUGUGUGUGUGUGUCUGUUUGUAUGCGUGUGUUAAAGGGGGGUGAAAGGGGAACAGAAGAAGGAGGGGGCACUGGAAGAGAGAGAGAGAGAGAAAUAGGAGAGGCAAAGAAGGAGAGCGAGAGAGAGAGAGAGCGGGAGGAAAGGUGGGGGCUGCUUGAUAGAGAUUCCCAAUCCAGAAUUCCUCCUUCUGUCCUCCUCCAUCGCCGCUCUACACUCUUCUCCAUCCUUUGCUUGCCAUCGCUUAGAACAAGCGUACUGGAACAUACUGCGAGCCGGGAGGGAGGGGGGAGAGGGUUAAACAGGAGAGACCUAAAAAAGAGACAGAAAGAAGAAAAUAAAAGCAGAGAGCAGAAGAAGGAGAGCCGGAAGACGGAGAAGGGGAUGAAAAUGAAGGCACCACUUCAGAGGGUGAGCCUGGCCAGCCUGGUGGUCACAGCGGUGCUGACACAAGUGCUCCUCGUGGAAUGCUUGGAGUUUGUCCCUCCGGAUGGUAACUACACGGCCUGUCAAGGGGACACCAUCACUCUCAGCUGCUCCAUCGAUGACCAAGUGACACGAGUGGCGUGGCUAAACCGGUCCAACAUUCUGUACGCAGGCAACGAUAAAUGGUCCAUCGACCCCCGAGUCCAGCUACUGAACUACAACAAGACUGAAUUCAGCAUCUUGAUAACCCAGCUGGAUGUGGCAGACGAGGGUCUCUAUACCUGCUCCUAUCAGACGCAGGAUAAGCCACACACCACGCAGGCCUAUCUCAUUGUACAAGUGCCAGCCAGAAUAGUCAACAUCUCCUCCAGUGUCAUUGUCAACGAGGGCAGCAACGUCAAUCUCAUGUGUCUGGCAGUGGGAAAACCCGAGCCAACCGUCACCUGGAAGCAGAUGAGAGAGGGCUUCUCCAGUGAGGGCGAGCUGUUGGAGAUCACCGAGAUAAACCGGCAGCAGGCGGGAGAGUACGAGUGCAUCACGUCUAAUGGAGUGUCCGCACCUGACAGCAAGAAGGUGCUGAUUACCGUCAACUACCCCCCAACCAUUGCGGAUGCGAAGAGCGCCAAGACACCGGUGGGAAAACCGGCGGUACUCCGCUGUCAGGCCAUGGCCGAGCCACCUGCAGAGUUUGAAUGGUUUAAGGACGAUAAGCGGCUGACCGCAGGAAUUGAAGGCUUAAAAAUCCAGAACGAGAGGACUUGGUCCGUGCUCCUGUUUUCAAAUGUCACCUCGAGGCAUUAUGGGAAUUACACAUGCCUGGCAUCUAAUAAACUCGGCUCAUAUAAUACCAGUUUGCGACUACAAAAACCCGGUUAUUCCAACAACCACAGUGUGAUGAACACAGUGUCUCCUCUUCUUCUUGUCAUCUUGCCUUUCACGUUAGUCUCCCUCUUACGUACAAUCUAAAAUUAAAAAAAUAAAAGUGGAUAUCCAGAAAUAAUUCUCAAAGCAGAAGUGGAAAAAACAAACAAAAAGUUAACACAACAACAAAAACAAAAACACAACAACAAAACACAAUUAUUUUUUUUAGAUGGAAUCCAACACUGUGAGGGAACAAAUUUAUGCAUUUUUGAAAAAGAGGAUCAUUGACUUUUUUGCACCUUCUAGAAGGAGAAGGGAGAAAGAGAGAGGCAGUUUUGGUCAUUGACAUUCGGUAAAUAAGGGACAUUGGGUGGGAAUGACUUUGGAGAAGUUGAGAACCUGGAUACAAUUAAGGAAAAUCAUGGAAAGAGAUUAGAGUGUCGGAAAGAGAAGACAGUGAUCUCAAAUCAAUUGAACCUCGCUAGUGUUCUAGAAGACAUUAAUUUACAAUUUUUGCCCCUUGCAGUGCUGAAGCAGCUACAGAACCCUUCAGCUCUGGGAGGAAGUCUCAAUGUACUGUAGUUGCCCUACGUACCUCAUUCCCAUUCAUCAAGGGAUCUUCUCCAAACAUCUUAAUUGUUAUGACUCCUCUGCCUGGCCCUGUGUCUGGUUCAACAUUACUGUGUACAUUACCCCUGACCCCGUACCAUCUCACCAAAACGAGCGCCAAUACUUCCAGUUUAGUAUGCGUGGAUUUUAUACCUGUAUUUAGAUGACAGUGGACGUCGGAUGACUACAACUCUACAACUAAAGUCGUGUUUGGAAAUAUUCGUUGAAAACAUGAACUGAAUGUGGAAACAUAGUACAGUCGAUAUCCUACUGAAUAAGGUCUUCUUCGUAAUUUACUAGGAUGCCUUGUGGAUCUUCAGCCUACAAAAAGGCACGUAUAAUUAAGGUUCGGUGGGUUGUCCUAGUUUUGAACCUGCAUCUCCUGCCCUCCAGACCACAUUGUGGACAUCUCAAGACCAGAACGGAGGCUGCUUUUCCAUUGUGGCAUAAAGUCAACGAUUUGGAGAUCCAUAGCUAUAGACUGGAAAGAUGGGUGAUAAAGGAUAUUGUGCCACCAUAUCAGGGACAGCAGGGAGAGUAUGCAACUAGUAAAUAAAGUAUGAGAACAUUGGGAUACGUAAGGGAUAAUGCACAGUCCCUUCUAGUUUCAUAUGCCUGUCAUUCAUCACCAGUGUCUGUGACAUUCUUGUGGGUAUUAUACAGACCCUAUUCCCCUUUCAUAGAUGAAAAAGAAGGGGAGCAAAGGGCCUUGAGUAUUGUCUGACUGUUAGCUGUCUGUCUGCAUGGUCCUAUCACUGAUUGCAAGCCCCUGUGUCCGCUCUUACUACUCAUUGCGUUAUACUGACAUGCAAAUGGACUCAAUCCUUUCGGGCUGUUAAUGUUUGUAAUUUUCACUGUGUGGAGAUUGAAGGAUUCUUAGGUUAGCAAAAUUAUCAAAGCUUCUGUUGCCCACAUGUUUCUUCCUACUGGGGCCUAUAACUCAUUGGAUGCCCUCCAAAAUAUAUCACCUAUCUCCCACCGAUAUGGCAACUAACAAGGGAGACUCCACUUGACCCACCAACCCCACUCAAAGUAGCAAAAUAGCGGGCCUGCCCUAAGCGUGUCUUUGUCCUGGCGUCUGUUUGUCCAUUCACCUAUUCAUGACAGAUACACAUGAGGCCGGAGAACAAAAAGAAAAAAAAAACGGUCCUAAACGAGCUUCCAAGCUGUGCGUCAAAGCAAUGCAUUCUGGGAUUUCACAUUCUGCAUUCCUGUGUGUGCGGGAG